CCCACAUCAUACUCACUCUACUCAACAAAAACCCUAGUCCCCCCUUCUUUUAUAUUUAUCGCCCUCUUAUUACCGCAGCCUCUCCUGCUCGCUGCGACUUCGUCUGCAAGAUCUCAAUUCUCAAAUUGUAGCGCCCUUUUAUAUCAAACAAUGGCUCUGGUCUUGCAUGCAGGAAAAACAAACAAAAAUGCCUUUAAGGCACUCAUUGCUGCAGAAUAUAGUGGUGUGCAGGUCAAAAUGGUUGAGAAUUUUGAGAUGGGUGUGUCAAAUAAGACUCCUGAGUUCAUCAAGAUGAACCCUUUGGGGAAGGUUCCUGUGUUGGAAACACCUGAGGGUCCUGUAUUUGAGAGCAAUGCCAUUGCUCGUUAUGUUGCUCGCUCAAAGGUUAACAACCCUAUAUGUGGUUCUUCAUUGAUUGAUUAUGGUCAUAUCGAGCAAUGGAUUGAUUUCGCAGCCAUGGAAAUUGAUGCUAAUAUUGCAAAAUGGUUGUAUCCAAGACUUGGUUACGGUGUUUACCUUCCUCCAGCUGAGGAAGCUGCUAUUGCUGCAUUGAAGAGAGCCCUUGGCGCUUUGAACACUCAUCUUGCUUCCAACACUUUUCUUGUUGGACAUUUUGUCACCCUUGCUGACAUUAUCAUGACAUGUAACCUCUACUUGGGUUUCUUCCAGAUCAUGACUAAGAGUUUUACCUCGGAGUUCCCUCAUGUUGAGAGGUACUUUUGGACCUUGGUUAAUCAGCCAAAAAUCAAGAAGAUUCUUGGUGAAGUGAAGCAGGCAGUCUCUCUACCACCUGUUCCUUCAAAGAAGCCUGCUGCCCAGCCAAAAGAAACUAAACCAAAGGCUGAACCAAAGAAGGAAGCCAAAAAGGAGGUUGAGAAACAGGCAGCAAAGGCAGAGGCAGCUGAGGAGGAGGAGGCACCAAAGCCCAAACCAAAGAAUCCUCUUGAUUUGCUGCCUCCAAGUAAGAUGGUACUGGAUGACUGGAAGAGGCUUUACUCUAACACAAAGACCAAUUUCCGAGAGGUUGCAAUUAAAGGAUUCUGGGACAUGUAUGAUCCCGAGGGAUACUCACUGUGGUUUUGUGACUACAAGUACAAUGAGGAGAAUACAGUUUCAUUUGUCACAAUGAACAAGGUUGGAGGAUUCCUGCAGAGAAUGGAUUUGGCCCGCAAGUAUGCAUUUGGGAAGAUGUUGGUGAUCGGUGCUAACCCUCCAUUCAAGGUGAAAGGACUAUGGCUUUUCCGUGGGCAAGAGAUUCCUCAAUUUGUGAUUGACGAGUGCUAUGACAUGGAACUCUACGAGUGGAAGAAGGUUGACCUGUCAGAUGCAGCCCAGAAGGAACGGGUGAAUCAGAUGAUUGAAGACUGCGAGCCAUUUGAGGGAGAGCCUCUCUUGGAUGCCAAGUGCUUUAAGUGAUAAUAUGUUUUGGUUUUAUGUUGCUUGCUACAGUUCUGCCUGUCAGGGUUUUUUAUACGGUCACUUUUUUCAGGUUCGGACUUAUUUUUCUUUUCUCCCCUUUUUGAGUCUUGUUCAGCCAACAUUACAAUUAAGUUUUAAAUUCUCAGAUGUUGAUUAUGGAAUGUGUUUUUUAUGUUAUUAAGGAUGUAUGGUUUUUGUUUUUUAUAUUACAAAUAAUAAGAUUUCAUCAA